GAGAUAAGAGCACGAAUCACAUGAAAUUUGAACCUUUUUGGUAAAGAAUGUAUAUUAGUCUUAGUCUGACUUUCAAGAUGUCAAGUAGGACAAUGAUACUUGAGGUUUUAUUUACGGCAAUUAUCGCUCUCUGCCUACAAGGAUUGACAGAUGCAUCCGAUUGCAAUAAUGAAGAGUUUGUUCAAAGGCUGAUACUGCUAGAAAAUCGGGUUAAUCAAGAGCUAUCUUUUACCAGACCAAAAGAAGAAUCUAUUGCUCAAAGGCGGCUUUCUCGACAAGUAAGGGUCUUGGAAUCUCGUAUUGCUGAAAUGGCACUUCAACAAGUAAGGUCCAACCGCAAACAUGAAUUGUUGGAGACACGUAUAAAGGAGUUGGAGGAGCAAGUAUUGCAUAAUGAAAAAUCUAUUGACAAACAGGCGGAGAUUGAAAGAUUUGGAGAUGAUGAGCAAAUUGAAAAGUUAACAAAAAACAAUCAAGAACAUUAUAAUGACAGUCAGAACGAACAUAGUAGACCAUUGGAAAAAGAAAGCAGUAAAAGUAAGAUGAAGCUAACUGCAGGUGGAAGAAUCAGAAGAAGAUCGUUUCCAGACGUACCAGUUGCAUUUACAGCCAUUCUUGACCACGAGGUUCGCAACUCUGGUAUUGACCAAACUGUUGUAUUUAACAAAGUUCUUCUGAACGACGGAAACGCCUAUAAUGUUCAUACUGGUGUUUUCACGGUACCAAAGGAGGGAGUUUACAUGUUUUAUUAAGCUUUUGGUGCUGGUUAUGAAGCUCAUAGGUUGUGGAUGCAUAUUGUUGUUGACGGACAGGCGAAAGUUGCUGGUGUUGCCGAUACAUUACAAACUAACCAUGAUGCACAAGGCACAAACCUUGUUUUAUUACACUUACAUAAAGGCGAAUCUGUAUGGGUGAGCACAUUUAGAAUAGCGGAUGUCACCAUCUAUGGUUCUCAAAUAUUGACUACAUUCUCCGGGGUAUUGUUAUAUGAGUACUGAGGUAUACAUGUAGAACAUAUAUAGAAAGUAAAGUUGCACACAUGGU